AUGCAUUAUGUGGGAUAUGCCGAGAUGGCGGCUGCCGUGUCCAAUGCUGGUGGCCUCGGGAUCAUCACGGCAUUGACGGUGGCCCAGCCGCCCAAGGGAAAGGAAGCUUUGAGAGAAGAGAUCAGGAAGUGCCGACAACUAACCGACAAGCCGUUCGGCGUAAACAUCACGCUGUUACCAGUAGGUGUUCCCCCAGACUUCGAUGGCAUCGUGCAGGUGAUGAUAGAGGAGAAGGUCAAAGUGGUGGAAACUGCUGGCCGCAACCCCGAGAAGGUGAUCAAGCAGUGCAAGGACGCUGGCAUGUUCGUGAUCCACAAGUGCGUAGCAGUGAGGCACGCACUGACGGCACAGAAGAUGGGCGCAGACAUGAUUUCCAUGGACGGCUUUGAUUGUGGUGGACAUCCAGGCGAAGAAGACGUGGGAAAUUGGGUGCUUUUGGCACAGGCUGCUCAGGAGCUGACCAUUCCUUUCGUUGCAAGUGGAGGUACAGCGACUGGGACGCAGCUGGCAGCUGCACUGGCCAUGGGCGCCGAGGGGAUUAACAUGGGCACGCGCUUUAUGGCGACAAAGGAGGCGCCGAUUGUGCAGCCUAUGAAGGAUGUAAUGGUGAAGGCAAAAGUGACGGACACCACCCAUGUGUUUCGCAGCUUGAAGAACACUGAACGUGUCUACAAGAACAAGACUGCAAUGGAGGUGCGGCAGAUUGAAGCCGAGAAGCCCGGGGACUUCUUCGCGAUCGCUAAUCUAGUUAAAGGCGAGAACUAUCGCAAGUCUUUCCAGGAGACCGGAGACGCAGAGAGUUCUGUAUGGUCCUGUGGACAGUCCAUUGGCCUCAUCAAGGACAUCCCUACAUGCCAGGAGCUGCUAGACAGAAUGGUGGGCGAAGCAGAAGACAUCAUCAGAAACAAGCUCCAGUCAAAGCUCUGA